CGCACAGGAGCCUGCACUCUGCGUCCCGCACCCCAGCAGCCGCGCCAUGAGCCGGAGUCUCUUGCUCCGGUUCUUGCUGCUCCUGCUACUGCUGCCGCAGCUCCCGGUCCUGCUCGCGGACCCGGGGGCGCCCACGCCAGGGGCCUCUUUGGGAGGAAGCCGCAGGCACCAAGGGAAAUGAGUUCCCUUUCUCCAGCCGCUAACCGUCUGGGAACCCAUCCUGAUUCCCAUUGCCAGUGGAGAAGGUCUCCCCUGGUGAAGACUUCGGGAGAACAGGGGAGAUGGAAAUACAUUUAGGAGCUGCGAUGUGUCCUCUGGGGUUUAAGAGAUCCCCGUUGAGCAGAUGAGGAAACUGAGGCUCAUGAAUCCCUGUUGUUACUAUCCAUGCCAGCACCAGGGCAUCUGUGUCCGCUUUGGCCUUGACCGCUACCAGUGUGACUGCACCCGCACGGGCUAUUCCGGCCCCAACUGCACCAUCCCUGGCCUGUGGACCUGGCUCCGGAAUUCAUUGCGGCCCAGCCCCUCUUUCACCCACUUCCUGCUCACACACGGGCGCUGGUUCUGGGAGUUUGUCAAUGCCACCUUCAUCCGAGAGAUGCUCAUGCGCCUGGUACUCACAGUGCGCUCCAACCUUAUCCCCAGUCCCCCCACCUACAACUCAGCACAUGACUACAUCAGCUGGGAGUCUUUCUCCAACGUGAGCUAUUACACUCGUAUUCUGCCCUCUGUGCCUAAAGACUGCCCCACGCCCAUGGGAACCAAAGGGAAGAAGCAGUUGCCAGAUGCCCAGCUCCUGGCCCGCCGCUUCCUGCUCAGGAGGAAGUUCAUACCUGACCCCCAAGGCACGAACCUCAUGUUUGCCUUCUUUGCACAACACUUCACCCACCAGUUCUUCAAAACUUCUGGCAAGAUGGGUCCUGGCUUCACCAAGGCCUUGGGCCAUGGGGUAGACCUCGGUCAUAUUUAUGGAGACAAUCUGGAGCGUCAGUAUCAACUGCGGCUCUUUAAGGAUGGGAAACUCAAGUACCAGGUGCUGGACGGAGAAAUGUACCCGCCCUCGGUAGAAGAGGCGCCUGUGUUGAUGCACUACCCCCGAGGCAUCCCGCCCCAGAGCCAGAUGGCCGUGGGCCAGGAGGUGUUUGGGCUGCUUCCCGGGCUCAUGCUGUAUGCCACGCUCUGGCUACGUGAGCACAAUCGUGUGUGUGACCUGCUGAAGGCUGAGCACCCCACCUGGGGUGAUGAGCAGCUUUUCCAGACGACCCGCCUCAUCCUCAUAGGGGAGACCAUCAGGAUUGUCAUCGAGGAGUACGUGCAGCAGCUGAGUGGCUACUUCCUGCAGCUAAAGUUUGACCCAGAGUUGCUGUUUGGUGUCCAGUUCCAGUACCGCAAUCGCAUUGCCAUGGAGUUCAACCAUCUCUACCACUGGCACCCCCUCAUGCCUGACUCCUUCAAGGUGGGCUCCCAGGAGUACAGCUACGAGCAGUUCUUGUUCAACACCUCCAUGUUGGUGGACUAUGGGGUCGAGGCCCUGGUGGAUGCCUUCUCUCGCCAGAGUGCUGGCCGGAUUGGUGGGGGCAGGAACAUGGACCACCACGUCCUGCACGUGGCUGUGGAUGUCAUCAGGGAGUCUCGGGAGAUGCGGCUGCAACCCUUCAAUGAGUACCGCAAGAGGUUUCGCAUGAAGCCCUACACCUCCUUCCAGGAGCUCGUAGGAGAGAAGGAGAUGGCAGCGGAGUUGGAGGAGCUGUAUGGAGACAUUGACGCGUUGGAGUUCUACCCUGGGCUGCUUCUUGAAAAGUGCCAUCCAAACUCUAUCUUUGGGGAGAGUAUGAUAGAGAUUGGGGCUCCCUUUUCCCUCAAGGGUCUCCUAGGGAAUCCCAUCUGUUCUCCGGAGUACUGGAAGCCGAGCACAUUUGGCGGUGAGAUGGGCUUUAACAUCGUCAAGACGGCCACACUGAAGAAGCUGGUCUGCCUCAACACCAAGACCUGUCCCUACGUUUCCUUCCGUGUGCCGGAUGCCAGUCAGGAUGAUGGGCCUGCUGUGGAGCGACCAUCCACAGAGCUCUGAGGGGCAGGAAAGCAGCAUUCUGGAGGGGAGAGCUUUGUGCUUGUCAUUCCAGAGUGCUGAGGCCAGGGCUGAUGGUCUUAAAUGCUCAUUUUUUUCUGGUUUGGCAUGGUGAGUGUUGGGGCUGACAUUUAGAACUUCGAGUCUCACUCAUUAUCUGGAAUAUUGUGACUCUGUUUGUUUUUCCAGAAUGCUGAAUUCCUUGUUAGCCCAUCAGAUUGUUAGGAGUAGGUCUCAUUUGGUCUGCCAGAAUACUGGGUUCUUAGUUGACAACCUAGAAUGUCAGAUUUCUGGUUGAUUUGUAACACAGGCAUUCUAGAAUGUGGAGCUACUGAUGAAAUCUGCUAGAAAGUUAAGGGGUUCUUAUUUUGCAUUCCAGAAUCUUGACUUUCUGAUUGGUGAUUCAAAGUGUUGUGUUCCUGGCUGACGAUCCAGAACAGUGGCUCGUAUCCCAAAUCUGUCAGCAUCUGAGUUUCUAGAAUGUGGAUUUGAUUCAUUUUCCUGUUCAGUGAGAUAUCAUAGAGUGGAAGAUCCUAAGGUCCAACAAGAAUGCAUUCCCUGAAUCUGUGUCUGCACUGAGGGGGCAAGGAGGUGGGGUGUUCUUCUUGGGACCCCCACUAAGACCCUGGUCUGAGGAUGUAGAAAGAACAGGUGGGCUUUAUUCAUGUCUUUGGUUGGAAGCUACCAGGGCUCUAUCCCCAUCCAGGUCUUGACUCAUGGCAGCUGUUUCUCAUGAAGCUAAUAAAAAUUGCUUUCUAAAGUUGCCUGUUAUAUCUCUUUUGGUCCCACCCCCCAAAGCAGAGGCAACAGAGUGUGGCUAGCCUUUCUCUUAGCCACAGCUGGGCAUGCUAGAGGUUGCAGCAUGAGAUUUUCUGCUGGGAUCCUUGGGCCCAUCACUGUGUACACAUGUUACCACUGGAGCUUUCUUUUUCCCUGCAGGCCAGGCACUGCCCUUUUCAGGAUGCUCUCCUAAAAUAUCCAUUGCCCCAGCCCCGGGAGAUAUAACUUCCAGUUCUCAUCAUCUGAUUAAAACAACUUCCUCCCUUACAGAGCAAACAACAGAGGGGCACCCGGGGAGGAGAGCACAUACUGUGUGCCAAUUUCACACUUUCAAUUCUCAUUUGUUCUCACACCAACAGUGUGAAGUGCGUGGUAUAAUCUGCAUUUCAAAACCAAGGAAGCAGCCUCAGAGUCGUUGUAUGACACGCCAAACGCAGGCUGAGUCCAGAGCUUGUGCUUCUCUUGAUUCCUGGUUUGACUCAGUUCCAGGCCUGAUCUUGCCUGUCUGGCUCAGGGUCAAAGACAGAAUGGUGGAGUGUAGCCUCCACCUGAUAUUCAGGCUACUCAUUCAGUUCCAAAUAUGUAUUUUCCUAAGUGCUUACUAUGUGCCAGUUCCUGUAACAGGUGUGGGGACACAGCAGUAAGUAAUCAAUACAGACAAGGCUCUGCCCUUAUGGAGCUCACACUCCAGUGGCAGAGAAACAGACCAUAAAUAAGGAAACAAUGAAAUGAGAGAUAUAUAUAUACAAGGUAAGUGUGACUUCCCUUCUAACCCACUCUGCUCUGUCUUCCCCUACUGCGCUCUCAAGACCAGAGACCCAACAGCAGUGAUCUCAGGGCAGACGCCCUCCACCCCAGUCCCGAGACCCUUUUCUCAGGACCUCUGUAGGCAGCAGAGAGAGAGGACAGAGGGGUAAGAUGAGGGGUUGAGGGAAGGUUCUUCAUGAACCAUACUUUGGGCUUAGCAUUUCUCAGGAAGAACUAUGGCCCAGAAACAACAGGGGAAACUAGAGUUCAGUCUGACAGUCCUUGGGGUUAAGUCUCCUGUCUUAUAGUCCAGAAAAUCCUGUUUCUCCUUAGUUGCCUGGAAACUGCUCCCAUCAUUCCUUCUGGCCCCUGCUGAAUGCAGGGAAUGCAAUCCUUCCCUGCUCUAGCAGUGGCUCUGAUGUAGAAAGAUCCUUUGGAUGCUGGAAGUGUCCAUGAAGAGCUUGUGUCCUGUCCUUUCUUGCAGAUUAUUUCCCCUCUUCUGCUAAUACCUCUUACUUUGCUUGAGAAUCCUCUCCUCUCUUACUAAUUUCAGUCUUGGUGGUUCUAUCAGGGUUGCAUUCUGGCCAAGGGGUGGGCCUGUGAAUCAAUCCUGGGCAAUCAGACACCCUCUCCUUAAAAACUGGCCCAUGGAGACUGAGGUCACUGACUCUGAUUCAUCCCCACAGCUGGCUCUGACAAGAUGGUCCAUUUGUUUCUGCUUCUGAGAUCCCCAGGGCAGCCUGGAUCCCUGCCCUUCUCAAGACUUUAGCUUUUCCUUCCAUCUGGUGGCCUAUUCCAGGAAUUCCUCUUUUGCUUAAAUCAGUUGGAGUUUGUGUCUGUUGCUUGUAAUCAAGCCUUUAUGGCUGCUGGGCUGAGUGACACAAGCACUUUAAUGGCCUGGAGGGACUUUUAAUCAGUGAAGAUGCAAUUAGAUGAGUGUUUUGGAAAGAGCACCCUCGGGAAGGGUGGACAACAGAGCAGAGCAGGAUGGACAGGAAGCUGGCAGAACUGAGGAGGCUACAGCUGUGGUCCAACCAGGAGCUGACAGCAGCUGGGGCUAGGGGAAGGGCUUUGGGGAUGGAAGAAUGGGAUGGGUUCCAGAGUAUUCCUCUCUUGAAUGCAGGUGCCUAGAUUAGGUAGACUUUGCUUAGCAUGGACAACUGCACACGAAAGUUUUGCAAAGGGAAACAGGCUAAAUGCACCAAAAAGACUUCUUUAGAGUGAAUAAUCUUAAUGCUUGUAAUUUGAACAUUUGUUCCUGGAGUUUUGAUUUGGUGGAUGUGAUGGUUGGUUUUAUUUGUCAGUUUGGCUGGGCUAUAGCACCCAGUUAUUUAAUCAAACAUUAAUCUAGGUGUGGCUGUGAAGGUAUUUUGUAGAUGUGAUUAACAUCUACAAUCAGUUGACUUUAAGUAAAAGAGUACUUAAAUAAUUUGGGUGAGCCGCACCUAAUUAGUUGAAAGACCUUAAGAAUAAAAACUGCAGUUUUGUGGAAAAGAAGAAACUUUGCCUCAAGGCUAUAGCCAUCAACUCCUGCCUGAGUUUCCAGCCUGCUAGUCUGCCCUAUGGAUUUCAGGUUUGCCAACCCCAACAAUUGUGUGAAUUAAUUUCUAAAAAUAAAGCUAUAUACAGCCA